AUGGAGGUCGCUCUAUGCUUCUUUAGCGUCAUACGUUUAGCGAAGAAGCUGAACAGAAAAUUCCACGAGGUCAAGAUCAAUUCUGGCGUAUUUGAGGGCGAAAUCGUGAUUAGCUGUACCGGCCUUGUUCAAGCUGCCAAUUCGCUCAAUACCGCCGGCAAGAACCUUGUAUCUCUCUGUUCAGAGCAAAUCGAUUCACCCAUAUUCAAGCACAUAGAUGAACAACGCCCACUGCUCGAGGAAGGACGGCAAGUGAUUUGGGACACGUUGAAAUGGCUUAACCGUCAAGUCAAAAGUUACGAGGGCUCGUGGAAGUUAGUGGUAAUGUGGAAGUGGAAAAACAUGAAGCCUUUUUUUGACUGGCUGCAGAGUCAAAUGGACUUCAUGUUACUCAACAUCCUUGUUAUCAACAGCACCAUUGAAUUAAACAUCGUGUCGGCAUACGUGAGCACUCAUGGCCUUGAAAGUUAUCCCUGCUCAAGUCAUCUCAAAACACUCAAGAGAAAUAUUAAAGACUACAGCAGACAGAUCAAGAAGCUACGGGAGGUCGAAAGACUGAGGGAAGGCCAGCUACCCCUAGGAACAAGAUUACGAUCCAGUUCGCAGAAAUACAUGCGGGACUCGAUGGACAUGAUCCAAACCUUGAGAAAAUCAUAUACACCACCAGCUGCGGCUUUUCAAGGACUUGAAUCGCCCACCACCUCGACAUCCACGGCUACUUCUACCCCCUCUUCUUCGACCGGCUCCUCUUUCAACUCUUCCUCCACUAGCUCUUCUUCCACCCCUCCCUCGGCCUCUCCUCCUCUACAUUCGUCUCCGGAAUCUCCACCGGAAAACCAAACUCGUAUGCCCAAUCCUUCUCCAAGAACUCGCAGCCAACAGAGCGGACCCACCUCCGUUAGGGAUCUUCGGCCCAGGUCGCCGACACGCACGACCUUUGCACGGCCCCAGAAUCCCGGGCAAGAGCAGCAAGAACCUACUCUCAUCGUCGAUUCUAGGCACAACGAAGAUGUAUUCAGCUAUUACAUUAAAUUCAUUGAUCAUGUGAGGCCAACGAGGAGCUUGCUAACCCAGAUCAACAUACGCAUUCCCAUCAACAUCAUCUCUAUCUACAAAGCACAGGAACUAGAUCUUUCUAUACAGGAUUUGGAACCGGGAGACCACCAGAGAGUGCGGUAUAUUUCUUCUAAGAAUCGCACAUCCAAUUGGAAGAUCGUGGGCAAAACACUAGAUGUCAAGCUCUACUCGGAUUCAAACGCUCACACCAAGCCAAAGACACUUUCGCUCUUCGUGGCUCACGCCUCCUUGGAUCCGCCCAUCAUACUCGGCCAGCCGUUCUUAAAACAGAGCAAGCGGAACCAGACACUGACAAGUGGGUGA